AUGGAAGAAACUUCUGCAAGAACAGGAAGCUAUAUAAAGACUCCUAAAAAGCUCACAAACACAAAGGGAACAAUAAAUCCCGAUAACAGCGAGACCAAGGAUAAUAACUGUCUACAAUGGGCUAUAUGUGCAUUUAAUGCAGAUAGACUCUCGGAAGGCUCCGAACAAAUCGGGGUUUGA